GCAUUAGUUGAUCCUGCCACCCAGAGGUAGCCGGUAAAGGAGCAACUCGCCGCGGUAUUGCGCCAGCCGAGUCCGAGAGCGCUGCCCAGAUCACUCGAUCGCUCGCUCAUUCACUCGCUUCCCCCUCCGGCCGCUGUCCAGUCGCCUUUUCGCGGGAGAGGAGCACCUGUCGCGGGCAGAAUGGAAGAUGCGAAAGAGAGCCGCUCAGGUUUCCUGCCGCCUUUUAAGCACUUCGCCACGCAGGCGAUCCACGUGGGGCAAGAACCCGAACAAUGGAGCUCGCUGGCCGUGGUGCCCCCCAUUUCUCUCGCGACCACCUUCAAGCAGCGGGCGCCCGGGCAGCACAGCGGCUUUGAAUAUAGCCGCUGUGGAAAUCCUACCCGUGACUGCUUGGAAAAGUCUGUGGCAGCACUAGAUGGUGGCAAAUACUGUUUAGCAUAUGCUUCUGGAUUAGCAGCAACUUUGAACAUUGCUCACUUACUGAAGGCAGGAGAUACUGUUAUUUGUACAGACGAUGUCUAUGGCGGUACAAAUAGAUAUUUUCGAAGAAUUGCAACAAAUAUGGGUCUAAAGGCUGUUUUUGUUGACUGCACCAAACUGGAAUGCCUUGAGGCUGCAAUUACACCAGAGACCAAGCUUGUAUGGAUUGAAACUCCAACAAAUCCAAUGCUGAAAGUUAUUGACAUUCAAGGAUGUGCAAACAUUGUUCAUAAACACAAAGGAGUUAUUUUAGUAGUAGACAAUACUUUUAUGUCUGCAUAUUUCCAGCGUCCUUUGUCUUUAGGAGCAGACAUUUGCAUGUAUUCAGCAACCAAAUACAUGAAUGGACACAGUGAUGUUGUAAUGGGAUUGGUUUCACUAAGUAAUGAUGAACUUCACGACAAACUCAGAUUCUUACAAUAUUCCAUUGGAGCAAUUCCAUCUCCUUUUGAUUGCUACCUUUGCAGCCGAGGUUUAAAGACUCUGCCAAUCCGCAUGCAACAGCAUUUUCGCAACGCGUUGGCUGUGGCGCAAUACCUUGAGUCAGAUCCAAGGGUUGAAAAAGUCAUCUUCCCUGGAUUACCGUCACACCCACAAUAUGAUCUGAUACAACGUCAGUGCACGGGCUGCCCAGGAAUGAUUUCCUUUUACAUCAAAGGAAACCUUGAAAAUGCUUCUCGAUUCCUUAAAAACCUAAAGCUUUUUACCCUUGCUGAAAGUCUGGGAGGAUAUGAAAGUCUAGCAGAGCACCCAGCAAUCAUGACUCAUGCCUCCGUUCCAAAGGAAGACCGAGAUGUCCUCGGAAUAUCAGAUACUUUAAUUCGCAUAUCUAUUGGAUUGGAAGACUCGGAAGAUUUACUAGAAGAUUUGGACCAAGCUCUGAAAGCAGCAAUUCCUGAUUACAGAAUCCGUAACUAGUAUUCUAAAAUUAAACUUAAAGUUGCAAUUGAUUUAUUUGCAAAGUAACGAAGGAAGGAAGAUUAACUGGCUGCUCAGCCCUUCAUGAAUUUCCACUGGAUUUGAUUUAUGGAAAAUGGAGAAAACAUUAUGCGUACUUGUUGAUAGAUGAAUCUGAAUCACUGAAUCUGCAAAGACUUUCAAAUGGACUGUUUCUUAAUCAUUUGCUUCUUUUAAUUUUAAGAAUCAAAAUAUCCACUUUUACUAUGGUAGUAGCUUUCAGAUUACCAUGAUUCACAUUCAGGAUUAUGUGCUUGCAAUUGCUUGAUAACAUCUGUAUUUAUUCAGUGUAUGCUGAUGUAACUUGGGGCUGAGUUAAGCUGCAAAUCGGCUACAGCUUAAUAAUGCACAUGAAUACCUGUAAAGAUUAGAAAGUGCAUAAAUAUUAUGCAACAUCUUUCAAACUAGUGCUAAUAGUGCAUCAGAUUCCCUGUUCCCUAUUUACUCGUUAUGGUUAUAGACUAGUGAAGAAAUGAAUGGAAGCAAACUUAAGUUCUGAAAAUGUGAGUCUGAUAAAAUCUUAAUGACCAGAUCUAUUAUUUGUCUUUACUGUGCAAUACUGAAAAAUGAAGCAAAGUUAAUUACACAAUACCAUGUGUUACUUUUUUAAUGUAUUGGAUUUGAUUUGAUGUCUCUUUUGAUUUACCAUAUUUAAUGGUAUGUUUGAUUAUAUUUCUUGUCUUGAAGGUCUGAAAUUCUUGGUAAGUUAAUUAUUUGAGAUUAAGUACUGUUUCCAUAAGCAAUACUACUAAUAUAUUGAUUUUAGGUCCAAUUUACUUGAAGAGUUGUUUAGGAAAAAGAAGGUGUGGAAUCUAAAGAUUGUAGUUGCAGAAUAUUUUUCUAUAUGCUUGGCCUUGUUGUGUUAGUUUCCUUAUACUGUAUUUCAAGAAAACCUGUGAUAAGGUAUUGGGAAAUUAGAUAUUAAAAUAUGGAAUUAAACCAACAAUUGGGACAUAUCCAGGAUAAUUUUUAA